AUGGACUGCUGUAGUAUAGGAAGCUGGAAUGUUAGGGGGUUGAAUAAUAAAGGAAAGCAAGAGGCUGUGUUGGAAUUUUGCAAUGUGAAUAAAAUUGGAAUUGGAGGGUUGUUAGAAACUAAGCUAAAAGGGAAUAAAGUUCAGGAGUUGAUGGACAUUAAAUUUACCAAUUGGGAGUUUCAUACUAGUCCUAUUGUUGAAGGUAGGCUGUUGAUCAUAUGGAGGAAAAGUUUUGUUAAAGUUGUGGUUCUUGCUGAAUCGACUCAACAUGUUCACUCUCUGAAAAGAAGUGGUUCGAAUUUUACUUGGACUAAUAACCAAGAUGGUUCUAGUCGCAUUUAUUCCAAGAUUGAUCAUGGCUUUGUCAAUGAGGAAUGGCAUGACUCCUUUCCUAACACAGCAGCUCGAUUCAGUUGGGAAGCAACUUCAGAUCAUUGUUCUUGUGUAAUCUCAGCUUCAGCAACAAAGACUAUUGGGAUCAAACCUUUUAGGUUUUUCAAUUUUUUGGCUGAACAUCAUGAUUUUAAACUCACUGUGGAGCAGAGUUGGAAGAGGCCUGUGUCUUCUCAAGGGCUUAAAGGAAUCUACAUAAAACUUAUGAGAGUCAAGCAUUGCCUCAAGAUGUUCAACCAUGAAGUGAUUGGUGAUAUUGGGAAAAGGUUUCAGGAUGCGAAAACUAGUUUAAGCGAGGCUAAACUUCAAGUUCAAGCUCAUCCAAGCGACACAAAUUAUCAGGAGCUGGAAACAGAAGCAACUGCUAACUAUGAUCUGCAAGAGAAAAUGUAUCAUAAAUUUCUUAGUCAGAGAAGUAAAAUCACAUGGCUGCAAAAAGGAGACUCUAACACUUCUUACUUCCAUGCUUUUUUAAAGAAGAGAAGAAUGGAUAACAGAAUUGUCUCGUUUAUGACAGAACAGGGUAUAAUCGUUGAUAAAUUUUCUGAUGUGGUGGAGCAUUUUCUCAACCAUUUCCGUAGCUUCAUGGGCAGCAACAGUUCUGUCACGUCCAGACUGAACCUGAGUUGUUUGGAGCAAGGUGCUAAGCUUUCUUUAGACCAGCAAGUAGGCCUACUGAAGCCUUUUUCUGUCAUGGAGAUAAAGAAAGCGAUGUUCAGUAUUCCUGAUAUUAAAUCCCCAUGA